GUUUCUAUUUCAAAGCAUCAUGGGAUAGUAAUGGUAGGCGCGUUAUUUUGAACGUAAUCUAAAUUGCAAUAUUGAAAUUUUAAUACUCCUUUUAUUUUUUCUGAUUAAACUUUAUGUAUUUGUAGUUAGUGUAAUGGAUUGUAUAAAUUAUCAAAAUGAAGUGUGGAAUGCAAGUGUAGAUUAGUUUGGAAUGAUCUCUAUCUUCAGAUUUAAUUCUGGCCAAUCGUGAGUUAAGACUAUUUUGAUUCUUACUAGCCAGGAACUGGGCAGUACAAACUUUUGUAACUUAUUGUUUACAUUAAAAUGAUAGAACUUAUAACGAAGAGAAAUAUUAGAUUAGAUUGACGCGAAAUUGUUGCAAAUUAGUUACAUUUUUGAAAUGACAGUUCUGCUUGUAUUAUGGCGCUCUUCAUAUUUCUUCUUUAACCUCGCAUAUUGAAAUGGCGCCUCUUGUUACCUUCAAACUUUUCGUAUUUAAAUCUGAUUGUUUUGACAGGAGAGUUUUUUAGUAUUCAUACUGGAUAGCUGAUGAGUAUUUUUAAUUUAGGUCACUACCUUUUUGGUUACAUCCUCAAUUUCUGGAGUACUCAAAGGUGUUAAUGUAGUUUAAAUUUGAAUAUUAGUUUUAAAUUUCCUCUAUGUAAACUACUUUAGAAAAGACUCAGCUGCAUACAUUUUGUACAAUUGUUCUGUAAAUACUUGCCAAAAUGACAGAGUCGAUGAACCUUGAUUCUGCUGAUAUUGUCAGUAGCUUAGAAGAAUUUGAUUCUCUGGAUACAAGUCUAGAAGCUGAAUUAAACAUGCUAAGCGAGGAGCAACAUUUAAAACAUACCUCAAUAGAGCUAAUGCCUUCAGUCCUUUCUAAAAGUAGUAUUGAAGUUAUAAAAGAAGAAAUCGUUGAAAAAAUGGAGCCUGAGGAGCAUAUUGAAGAACAGUUGAUGGAAGAAACUAUUCCUUAUGAUAAUACAGUUAAUAUAAUUGAUUCUGUGAUGGACAUUGUGGAAUCUGAAGGUCCAUAUCACGAACAAGAUCUUGUAAGACUUUCUGAAGAUGAUCAAAAUCAUUCUGACAAUGAUCCAUUGGAAAUUGAUCAUGAAGAAAGCACAAUGCACAAUGAUCAUGAAAUAUUUUCUGAUCGAGUAAUUGAUGAAGUGAUUGUGGGUGAUGAACAAGUCAUAGAAGCUCAUGAAUCUAGAGCUUAUGAUGAUAAUGAAGCAGAUAUUAGUGAUAUGAUAUCAGGCAAUGUAACUGAGGAAACUGUGAUUGAAGGUUCAGAAGUUAUGGAGUUUGAAAAGCAAGAAAUAAUCGAAAAGAAAGAACCAGAGAAGGUUGUGACAUCUAAUGUUUUUGUUGUUAAUACUCAUCCUGGUACAUUGCAAACUGCUCAGGCAAUUCUCUCCAACAACACUUUGAUUGCUCCAAAAGAAAAUAAGGUGACUCGACUUAUCGUACCUACUAGUAAUUCUGAUACUGGGCAAACAAUAAGAAUUGUAUCUCCUGGGAAACUAAUGGGUGCAACUGCUAAAACUAUAACAUUAGCCCAGGCAAAGCAAAUGGGUUUGAUUAACCUCAAUCAGAUAUAUCCUCCGAAUUCUAAGGGAAAUGUUGGUAAAUUGGUUGUUCCUAAGAAAACAGUAACUGUUAUGAAAUCUCCUACAAAAAUUCUGCCAGCUCCUCCUACCCUGGGAAAAACACAGAAGGUGGUCAUCCGGGGAGCUGGUGGAAGCCUCAAGGCAGGCACCAUCCUGACCAGCCCUGGCGCUGGGGUGCUGAGGAUUCCUGGUGCGCAGGCUACUCAACUUCAUAUUCCUACUGGCAAUAAACAGGUUCAAUAUUUGAAAUUAGUUGGAAGUAGCAAACCUGGGACGACACUUGUUCCCGUGUCUGCUCUUUCUACUAAAACUAUUCCUGUUGCCCUUCAAACAUCAUUGCUCAAUUCGGCACCUGCGACUUUCAAAGUGCUACCAAUCACUACGCAGGCUACUGCAGGGCAGCCUCAAACCUCGCAGACAGUAAUGAGUGGAACGACACAAAGGGUUUUAAUCCCAGCCAAUACCUCGCAAAUGAAUAAUACCCUAGUCCAACCAACAACGCCUCGCACAUCGCAGCACAGUAUAUUAAUGUUACAGCCUCAUGUUUUACCUCAAGUCAGUAAACAAGAGAAAAUUACUCCAACGCAGAGUAGUACUGUUAGAACCACAGCGAAUGGCAAGAGAGCUGCUGUCCCUACUACAAAAGUAAAAGAAGAAAUAGUUCCCAAAGUUGAGGUGAAAACAGAAAUUGAUGAAGCUGUCAUGGAGGCCAAUGGUAUCAGACCCCGAAAACCUUGUAACUGCACCAAGUCGAUGUGCCUCAAACUCUAUUGCGACUGUUUUGCAAAUGGAGAGUUUUGUCAUCAAUGCAAUUGCACAACUUGCUUUAACAACUUGAGCCAUGAAGAAGAGCGGCAGCGUGCUAUUAAAUCUUGUCUGGAAAGAAACCCAACUGCGUUUAGGCCAAAAAUUGGUAAAACUUAUGUUGGCAGUGAAGAAAGGAGGCACAACAAAGGUUGUAAUUGUAGGCGUUCUGGAUGUUUAAAAAAUUAUUGUGAAUGUUAUGAGGCCAAAAUUCCCUGUUCGAAGAAUUGUAAAUGCGUGGGUUGUAAAAACACUGAAGGGUUCCUGAGGAGAGGUUUAGGAGACGAUGAUAAAUUCGGUAUCAGGGAAAAGGCUGAUUCUACGUCUGCGAGAAACUCUUGUGAUCCACAUAUAACUGGCCAUAGACAAGUUUUGAAUCUGAUGUCUCCUCAGCUAGUGGAAGCGACGUGCCAAUGCCUGGUCGCUCAGGUUGAGGAGUGGUCUCGGGGAGGCAGUACUGACCUGGAUCUAGCACAGACUUGGGUGAUUGAGGAAUUAGGCCGAUGCUUAGCCCAGCUGAUAGAUUGUAUAAAUAAAUCUCUUGCACAGAUUCCACAGUCAACCUCUUGAGUGUUAAAGGAUAAGCAUUUUAACAGAUGACAUCACCCCUUUAAACUCUAAUGGAAAGUUGGAGACUUUCUGCUGUACAAUAAUAAAUCAACGAGAAGCCUAAACCUAAAGUUAAAAAGUGAUCUUUCAUUUUCUCAUUAUUAUGAAAUAAUGUUUGUUUUAAACAUUUUAAAAAUAAAUUACAAACAAUUUAUUAGUUCGGAAUAUUUUAAACUUAUAUUAGUUAUAAAGGUAUUCACCAAACAUAAUUUGUAAAUUUAAUAUUGUAGAUUUGAAAGGGAAAAAAAUAAUUGUUGACGCAAAUUAAUAUUUUAUCACUUAAAUUAAAUUAGUAAUUUAAUGAACUUAUAUUUUAAAAUUUUCUUAUAAAUUGCUUUUAUUUUCUUUAUAAUCCAUUAUUAGGAUGUUGUUUUAUUAUGUAAAUAUCUUUAAGUGAUAUAUAAAUUGAGUAAUCCUGCCAUCAGCAUCAUAUUGAAUUUAUUUAAUUUUAUUUGUUAAAUUUGUAAUUUUUAAUAGUUCGUAUUCUUCAAUCCUUAAAUCAUUGUUGUUGUUUUUUUAUUUUCCGAUUGCCUCUGAUAUAAUCGCUUAAUUAUUAAUUAAAAUAGAUACGAAAUAUAAUUUUUCUAUUUCGAUACUAAUCACAGUCGGAGCAUUUGAAAUUUGUAGGCUUUGUUAUUGUAGUAAAAGUGAUCAAUUAUUCUGUCAAGAUCUCAGAAAAGUUCUUAGGUGUAAAUGUAUUAUGUGUAUAUGUUAUUAAUGAUGGGUUACCAAUAAUUUAUAAUUUAGUCAUUUUCAGUAUUUAUUUUGUUUUCGCCAUUGAAGUAACUGUCAUAAGAUUGAUUGUGUAUUAUAUUUUAUUAUAUGUUGCUGUUAGUGUUUACAUAUCAUUAGAACAUAGUCAACUGGAUUGAUUCUUGAUGGUAUGUAUUUAUUAUUAUUACAGGAAUGUUAAUAUUUAAGAAAAGUGAAAAUGUAUAUAUGUAUUGGCUACUUCAUAUCAUUAGAGGUUCAUUUGUUUUUUAACCUUCUCAGUGUGGGGCAUUUUAAUGAGUUUAUUAUCAAUGGAUUUUUAUUUUUAAAAUAAAUUUAUGUUUUCAUGUUCAAAUGGUAUGUAAACAUACAUAUUCAGUUGAAUCUAUAUUAGUAUAUAUACAAAUUACAUAUAUAUAUAUAUAUUGAGCGUGAUCUCGGUCAAAUCACCUCCUUGCACAACCGUUGACCUAGAAACAGUGCUUUCCCUAAAUAGUACUGAACCCCAGACCCUUUAUGGGUUGUAGUGGUACAGGUUUUUUAGUAUAUGUACAAAUUACAUAUAUAUUAGUAUAUAUAUGGAAUUCGUAUUUGCUUAGGUCAACUAAAAACAGUUACACCUAAUUUUUUAUGAUUAAAGAAUGUAAAUUAAAUAUUAUGUAAUACAGAAGUGUUGUUAUUAAUCAUUAUAAAGCUGGAUUUCCACUACUGAAAAAAUCGAAAACCUGUUUAUGGGAUGUUGGAAAUGAAGUCUCAUCUUUACUAUUUUAUGCAACAGACAAAUCAUAUGUUAUAAGAACUUCGAUGGAUGAAAAAAUAAAUUUAUAUGUUUAUUAUUUUAAUUAUGUCUGUAAGUAAGAAAUUAUUUAUAAUUUAAUUAGUUAAGCAUUAAAAUAUUGUUUUUAUUAAGUGUUCAAAUUCAUAUGUUUUUAAUAAUCGUUUUUCCACUUCUUUGUUUAAUGGGAUAUUCCCAUCUCACAACUGACAUUUAAACAUCUCUAUUAGUCAGUUGUUAAGACCGCUUUGAGUUCAUAACGACUAGCUAAUAGAUUAAAGGAUUGACUAAUUUAUUUCAAUACAUUUUUUUUCACUCUUGUUUGAUCUCUUACUGUUGAAAACAAAAUUAGAGUUCAAAACAUAACUUUUUUUUUAGCAAGCAUUUAUAGCAAAAUUCAUUUUUGUUUCAGAAUUAGUAUUAAUACAAAAACAGGCAGAAAGCUAUAAUUUUGUUGCAAUCUAUUAGAUUUUGAUUUAAUCCAUUUGGAAAUCCAGUUUGAUAUAUGAUUUUUAAUUUAAUAAUCAAUCAAAAAGGUUUUGGUUAAUAAUGCCUGGCUCUGAAAGGGUUAAAAAAAAGUCAAAUUAAUCUGUAUUUUGGUGUUUUGUAUAUAAACUUGGAAAAAUUAUAAUUUCAUAAAUGACUCGCUUCCAUGGCAAAAGUUAAUUCUUUUUUUUUUUUUAUAGUGUACAUUUAAUGAUACCUAACAUUUAUAAUUAAUUGUAUUUAAGCUCAAUUAUGUAAAUACACUACUAUUUAACACGUUGAACUGAUCAUAGUUUAAUGUUAGUAGUCAAAUUUUAGACUUUUAUAAAUUGUAUAGCGUACGUGGUUGUUUUCUUUUAAAUUUAUUUUAUUUAUAUCAUAUGCUGUUGGUUUGUAUAAGAGAGAAAAAAAUAAAAAUAAAAAAAAUGUAUAAAUUUUAAUGAACCUGCUGUGAUUAUUUUAUGCAUAGUCUGUAAUGCUUUUAAUUGAAAGUUUAAAAUAAGGUUUAAUUUAUCAUAUGUGUAAUAUUAAUGUUGGCAAUUUCCCUAUUAAUUUGGGUUGAAUUGCUUUCUUAUUAAAUUUAAUAGUCGAUUCAAUUUGAAAAUAAUUAUGUAAUCAAAUUUAUUUGGAUCUAUAUAUUUAUUCUGUUGUAAUUUAUGUAUUUAAUUCAAUUAAAAAUCGUAAUAGUCAAAAGCUGUUUUUUAUAGAGUGCUAUUUUAAUAUUAAAUUCUCUUUUUCAAAAAAAAUAAAAUCUUAUUAGCAUUUUUGUAAAAAGAAUAAGUUAAUUUUAUUUUAUUUUUAGUAAAUGU